GGGGAGAGCGCCCCCUGCUGAGCCCCCGCUCCCUGCAGCACAGCGCCCCCUAGCGCCGCACUGGGGCAUCGGGGCCGGCCCUGGCUGUCCGGGGAGAGCGCCCCCUGCUGAUCCCCCGCUCGCAGCAGCACAGCGCCCCCUAGCGCCGCACUGGGGCCUCGAGGCCGGCCCUGGCUGCCCGGGGAGAGCGCUCCUUCUCUCCACAGCCGAGUGAAGGGUUAAUACGACCGAUCACUAGAAGCCUAGACAGGACCAGGCGGGUCUUCUCUGGGGGGAACGAAAUAACAAAGGGACCUUCCGCUUCCUUCCACUCCCCCCACAGUCCAGGCAGCUGGGGGGGGGGGCCGAUCCCCAGUCUCCCCUAGCCCCGGCAAGCAGGUGACAGUUAGUGGGACGGACAGCAGUGAAGAUGGACUCCCCCCGAGGACUGUGGGAGGCAAGGAGGCUGCACCCCAAUCCUGCACCCCAAGAGGAGGCAGGGCCAAGCCAAUGGCCAGAAGCCCAGGACCAGGAGCCCCACAUGUUACAAGAUCUCACACGCCCCCAGGUGUCUCUGCCUAGCUCGGAGAGGCGUGAGCCGCAGCGGGGCCCGGCUGACCCGCCCUGGGAGCCUGGCGUCCAGGCGCCAGUAACGUUCGAAGAGGUGGCCGUGUAUUUCACCGAGGAGGAGUGGCGUCUCCUGGACGAAGGGCAGAGGCGGCUCUACAGGGAUGUCAUGCUGGAGAACUACACCAACCUCAGCUUCCUGGUCGCUCCGGUCUGGUCUGGAGUCUCACUUGAUCUUAUCCCGCCGCUGGCAGGAUUCCCGGUCCCCAAACCGGCCGUGAUCUCCCGGAUGGAGCGAGGGGAAGAGCCAUGCGUCCCGGAUCUCCAGGGCUUUGAGGGGAGGGAGAUCCCAGCAGGUGCCAGGACGGCGAGUGAGAAUCCCCAGCAGAGAGUGGAUCUGCGCGGGACAUUCCCGUGGAGCUCGCAAGAGGACGUAUCCCAGAGUCCUCUAGGAGCUGAUCUGUGCGGGCAGUUUUCAGGGCGAUCCAAAGAGGACAUAUCCCAGCGUCCCUUGAGAGGAGAUCCAUGCAGGCUGUCCUCCACCCAGCAACCCAGAAGGGCCCGUCCAGGGGCGGGAGCGGGGGGCCGCCUGGGCCCGCCCAGGGGCCCCCGGCGCGGGGAGCGGCCCACCAUCUGCGGCGAGUGCGGGAAGGGCUUCCUGCAGAACUCGGACCUGGUGAAGCACCUUCGCACCCACACGGGCGAGAGGCCCUACAAGUGCACCCAGUGCGGGAAAAGCUUCACCCAGAGCUCGGCCCUGACCCAGCACCUCCGCACCCACACGGGCGAGCGCCCCUACCCCUGCCCCCAGUGCGGGAAGAGCUUCACCGAGAGCUCCACCCUGGCCCAGCACCGGCGCAUCCACACCGGCGAACGGCCCUACCGCUGCCACCAAUGCGGCAAGGCCUUCAGCCUCAGCUCCACCCUGAAGAAGCACCAGCGCACCCACACCGGCGAGCGGCCCUACGUGUGCGAGGCGUGCGGGAAGAGCUUCGCCGAGAGCUCCCACCUGGCCAACCACCGGCGCGUCCACACCGGGGAGCGGCCCUACCGGUGCAAGGAGUGCGGCCGGGGCUUCAACCACACCUCCACCCUCUUCAAGCACCAGCGCGUCCACACCGGCGAGCGGCCCUACCCCUGCAGGGACUGCGGCAAGGCCUUCAGCUGGACCACGGCCCUCAAGCAGCACCAGCGGGUCCACACGGGCGCCAAGCCGUACCGGUGCAGGGAGUGCGGCAAGGCCUUCAGCUGGAGCUCCACCCUCAACCAGCACCGGCAGGUCCACUCCGGGGAGAAGCCCCACGUCUGCCCCGAGUGCGGCCGCGCCUUCGCCCGCAGCUCCCACCUGGCGCAGCACCGGCUGGUGCACUCCGGGGAGAAGCCGUUCCAAUGCGGGCAGUGCCCGCGGGGCUUCAUCCAGAACGCCCACCUGGUGUCCCACCGCCGGCUGCACGCCGCCCCCGCCGGGUCGCCCCAGGGCCAGGAGGAGGGCCCCGGCGACCGGGGCCGGGUUCAGCUCCCCCCGUGAGCCCGCUGCUCCCCGCUCGCCAGCCCUGGCUUGGGGGUACCUGCGCUGCACACCCUGGCAUAAGUUAGAACAGCUUCAGAGCUGCUGCUGGCCACGCCCCCUCCUUCUCAGGCCCCACCCCCUCAGACGCCCCACCCACCUUGGCCCUGCCCUAAAACAUGCCACUCCUACCCAGGCUUUGCCCCCUAAAAUGCUCUGAAAUGCACCCCCUGCCUAGGACCCACCCCCUUUGAUGCCCCCUCCCUCUCAGGCCCCACCCCCUGAUGCCACCUCCCUCCCAGGUCCCGCACCUGACAUCCUCCUCCUAGACUCUGGUCCCAACAGGCCCCCUGCUCUGCCCCUUCCCUCCCAGACUCUGCCCCAAUAGCCCCUCUUUACUAGUCCCCGCCCACUGACACACCCACUGUUCUGCCCCUCCCUCUUAGUCCUGCCUCCUGACAGGCCCCUCCUUCCAAUUCCCCCUAACCACGCCCACUGCUCCGCCCCAUACCUCCCUAGCCCCACCCCUACGCUAUCCCUUCCCUCCCAGGCUCCACCUCCUGCUGUUGCUCUGCCCCUCCCACCCAGGCCCUGUCCCGGACCCUGGAAAACGUUACAGAGACCGCUUGAUUCUGGUUUAAGGAUGGGGUCUUAAGUCCCAGCUAAUUAGCACCUUCUCGAACACUGAAGCACUGACAUGGGGAACACAGACUUGAUAAAGGGCUCGUCUGGCAAAGAUCUAACCGGAUCCGAUGGCUGGAAGUUGAAGCUUGACAAAUUCAGACUGGAAAUAAGGUGUAAAUGUUGAAGGGGGAGAGGAAUUACUUACCGGGGGUCGUGGUGGAUUCUCCAUCGUUGGCCAUGUUUAAAUCAUAGUUGGUUUUUUUCUAAAAGCUCUGCCCUAGAAGUUAUUUGGGGGAUGUUCUCUGGCCUGUGUUACAGAGGAGGCGAGGCUAAAUGAUCCCAGCGGUCCCUUCAUGGCCUUCGUGAAUUGAUGGACCCCAGUCAAGAUAAAUCAAUUAUAUGUUAGCAUGUAUUAAACCGAUCGCGUUAAAGUCUAUGUUGUUUCUCAGCUUGUUUAAAAUCAAGCUGAAUGUGUUAUUCUAGAGUCUAGACACAGUCUAGACACUAGUCUACAUUUGGGGGAAGGAUGGAUUUUUUUUCGUUUCCAUGCCAAUUCCAAAAAAUUUUAAAAAAUCCUUUUCCAGUGACCACAAAAUUAGUUUUUUCCCCAAAUUUCCAGUGAAUCAAAAUGCCGGAAAAGAAAAUCAUUUCGGGUCAAACAACAUGUUUUGUUUGACCCAAAAUGAAACAUUUGGGGCAUUAUUUAAUGUGUUUUUUACUCUAAAAAAAAAAAAAAGGCAAGAAAAUUUAGAAUUGAAAAGUCAUUUUGAAUUAAAUCUAAACAUUUUGGGGUUUUUGGAAUUUUUUUUAGGGUUUUUUUCCCCUCCUGAAAGAAGCUGGUGAAACGGAUGCAAAUCUUCAGUUUUCACCAAAAAAGUUUCAGUCAAAACUUUUCACAAAACUCUAGAUACAGACUUCAAUUCCAGUGUAGCAUCUUAGAUAGAGUUCAUUAGAUCAGUGGUUUUCAAAGUGCGGGUCACGACCCAGUACUGGGUCGCGGAACGUAACGCACUGGGUUGCGGCGGCUCUGGUCAGCACUGCCGACCAUUAAAAGUCGAUUAAAAGUCCCGUUGG